AUGAACUAUACCGAUGCCACUUCUGCCCCAAAAUCUAUCUCAGAAGCUGACACUGCUUCUUCAAAACCUGCUCGACAAUGGCUGGGCAGACUGUCCAUUGAAGAAGGUGGCAUUGAGCGAGUCACCGACGAAGAACGUCUGCAGAAUACAACCAAGUUCUGGAACGCUGCUACUUUUUGGUUCAGCGCAAACAUGGCCGUAGCCACCCUCAACAUCGGCUCACUAGGAGGCUCCCUCGGCCUUUCAUUCUGGGAUUGUUUCAUCAUCAUCCUCGCCGUCAACAUAACAAGCGAUCUACUGCCAGCAUGGACCGCAGUAUUCGGUCUGACAGGACUACGCAUGACCACAUUCUCUCGCUACUCGUUCGGCUACUGGGGUAACAUGCUAGUUGUGAUAUUCUCCAUGAUCGCCACAACAGGCUGGAAUGCCAUUAACUCCAUUUCUGGCGCAGCAGUUCUCCACGCACUCUCAGAUGGCAAAUUCCCUAUCUGGGCGGGUGUCAUCGUGAUAUGCGUGGCAGUUUGGAUAAUUUGCGUCUUAGGAAUUAGCUGGAUCCAUCGACUCGAUACCUUCAUCUGGAUCCCGCCUUUGGUUGUCUGGUGCGUUGCUGCUGGGACGGGCGCCUCGCAGCUAACUGGGGAAGACCGUAUCGGAUUAAAGGGUUCUGAUAAAGCUGCCGCCGUGCUCACCUACAUGGCAUCUAUUUUCUCGUUCUCAGUCUCGUGGGUCAACUGUGCUGCGGAUUAUAACGUACGAAUGCCCAAAGGUACACCGCGGUGGCAUAUCUUUAGCGCGACUUAUGUUGGAAUUUUCGUUCCUACUGUUCUUGUGCAGACGCUGGGAGCGGCGUUGUAUACAGGCACGGCUACGAACACGGCUUGGAAAGAUGCUUAUAUGGAGUCUUCUAUUGGUGGGUUGCUUAAGAUGGCACUUGAGCCAGCGGGUGGUUUUGGGAAGUUCCUUAUGGUUCUUGCGGCAUUGAGUUCGAUACCUAACAACAUCCCCAAUAAUUAUUCAUUUGCUCUGCAUGCACAGAACCUGGGGCCAUGGGCUAUGCGAAUCCCCCGCGUGAUCAUGGUGACUUUUGGAUUCGUUGCAGCUAUAAUUAUUGGCUGUUGCGCAGCGAAAUAUUUUGCUGAUGCAUUGCAAACUUUGUUGAGUGUGAUCGGGUACUGGACUGUGAUCCACAUCACUGUAGUGAUGGAAGAACAUUUUAUCUUCCGUCGUGGAUGGGAUGGAUAUGAUCUCGAUGCAUGGAACAGCAUAGCUGGAUUGCCAUUUGGAUGGGCAGCAAUUGGUGCAUUUGCAUUUGGCUUUGUGGGCGCUGCUCUCGGCAUGAAGACAGCGUGGUAUUCGGGGCCUAUUGCAGCCUUGAUUGGCGCGAAGGGUGCAAACAUAGGCCACGAGUUGACGUUUGCAUUUUCCGGUGUUGCUUUCCCUUUGCUGCGAUGGGCCGAGAAGCGUGUGGGUGGAAAAUAG